UCUCCCUGCUUCCUCAAGAGGAGAGGAAAAUGAACGUGAGCUCUAGUAGUAAUUCAUUCUGCGGAGAGAGAGAGAAGGGGUCUUCCCUGGCCUGGGUCCCAGCCCCUUCCCACAGGUGGUGGGAGGCCUCCCUUUUCAUGCCCCAGGGGUUUUUCCCCCACCCCUCAGGUCAAAGCAGGCAGGGUCAGGUCCUGCGCCCAGGAGAGGUGGCCUAGGGGCUUCCCCAGUUUCCUGCAGGAGCGAGGGCUAGGAAGGGCGGGGGGGGGGUUACCUCUGUCCCCACCGCCUGGCCCCCCCCACCUCUCCCAAGGAGCAAAAUAACCCGUUGUUUUCCGAGGGACCCCGGCCUGUCUCGGCUUGCUGUCGGCUCUCCAAAGGGCCGCGUGCCCAGCACGUCUCCUUUAUGGGGGUGACCCCUGGGGCCGGGGCGCAGCAGCCCCCUGCCCGCUGGGGGCGCCUAGGGCGAAGGGCAGAGGCGUUACGCUGCCGCGCGGGGUCCCUCGCCCGGCGCCUCUGCCCUUUUGCAAAGCGUAAGUAUCCGCCCAAACGCCUUCAUAGGCGGGGCAGAAAGACAGUCGGCGGCCAAGCAUCUUCCUCCCUCUGGAGACCCAAUGGCGGAGGGACUCAAACCUCCGAGCCAAUGAGGCAGCGCGGCCUGACGGGCACCAGGCGGCAGCCAAUCCGAAGAGAAGGGCGAGCGGGGGCGCGUGUGCCUGUGUGGUCCCCCCCCCUCCCCCUCUUUCCAGAAACCAAUGGAGGGGGUUAGCGCGAGCCAAUGGGUCCGGGCGGGCUGUGAGCGGACCUGAGCGCGAGGCUGCGGGGAAGGCAUGGCCCGUGGCGGCGCGAGGCGGCCCCGCGGGACUGGUGCACCACGCGCUGGCUGCCGGGGGGCGAUGAGAACUCGCGAUCUCCUCCCCCGCCCCGCUGGCAGCUGCCGCCUCCCCGUCUCCCAGGGCUGCUGAGGCUCGGGCCCGGCGCCUGCCUGGCCGAGGGGCUCGCGCUGCCCUUGCGAUCCGCCGGGGCUCGGCCGCGGCUGCCUGGCCCGGGAGGCUGGCCACAGCCCUCGCCGCGCGAAGGGGGCUGGCGCUGCGCGGGCGUUAGCUGCCGCUGCUCCCUCCCCUGCCGGCUGCUGGCUGCAUGCUCACCCCGCUCCAGUGAGAGCCGCGGCGGGGCGGCUUCUCUCCCCUCCCUCCUUCCCCGCUGACUGGAGGUGGGAGGGAGAGAAGAGACCCAGAGAGGAAGGAGCCGGGCGUGCGGACCGGAGCCAUGCGAGAAUACAAAGUAGUGGUGCUGGGCUCGGGCGGGGUGGGCAAAUCCGCCCUCACCGUGCAGUUCGUGACCGGCUCCUUCAUCGAGAAGUAUGACCCCACCAUCGAGGAUUUCUACCGCAAGGAGAUCGAGGUGGAUUCCUCCCCCUCGGUGCUGGAGAUCCUGGACACUGCCGGCACCGAGCAGUUCGCCUCCAUGCGGGACCUCUACAUCAAGAACGGGCAAGGGUUCAUCCUGGUCUACAGUCUGGUCAACCAGCAGAGCUUCCAGGACAUCAAGCCCAUGCGGGACCAGAUCAUCCGGGUGAAGAGGUACGAGAAGGUGCCCAUGAUCCUGGUGGGCAACAAGGUGGACCUGGAGGGCGAGAGGGAGGUCUCGUACGGGGAAGGCAAAGCUCUGGCCGAGGAGUGGAGCUGCCCCUUCAUGGAAACUUCAGCCAAAAACAAAGCUUCGGUGGACGAACUGUUUGCAGAGAUUGUCAGGCAGAUGAACUACGCUUCCCAGCCCAACGGGGACGAUCAGUGCUGCUCGUCCUGCGUGAUCCUCUGAAAGGGCCUGGGGGGCAAUGUUGUCGUUCGCAAAGGUUUACAACAAAAAGAAGCAGCAAUGUGAUCGUUCGAAACAAAGAUUGGAAACAACUUUGCAUACACAAGGAUUCCAGGCUGCAGCAGCGGCAGCUGCUGCAGUGAUCAGUGUCAUGGGGUGGGUGUAUUGUUGAAAACGUGGCUUUUUCAGCAUGUACAUUUCAUCGAUUUUGAUUGUUGCAUAUUUCCCGUAAGUACCAUUUACAGAUUGCUGUAUUGGCAACUGACACCAGUAAGAAAAGUUUCGGCCUGGAGAAAGGGGAGCUUGUGAGCAAUCGUUUUCUAACUGGAAGAGUUAAAUUACAUCUAAGGAACUGAGGGGAGCAGUAAACGAAGAAACCAUUGCAGAAAGGGAGAGAGAAAUCUUUCCGUGGACGUGUGGGGGUAAAACUAAGAUUGGUGCUCUCUCUUCUUUAGCCAAACUUGAAUGCACCCUGUGACUAUGAUAUUGAUUCUGAGGAUUUCUAUGCAAAGUUGGAUUAUUGUUACUGUGUAUCCAAUCUGAAGUAUUGCACAUCUGAACUGGGACUUUUAAUAACACUGAUGCCAAUACAGUGUGGGGUGCCAGAACGUGUCUGCUGAUCAUUUGUGAAACUUUCUAUUUUGUUUACCUGCUGUAUCGGAUGGGAGUUUGGGGGAGAGCGGUAGUAUUUUUUUUUUAAAUCAGCUGUGAAAAUGUUACAAAUCUGCACAAUAUUUUUUUAGUUGUGUUUUCUUCUUUUCUUCAGGGGGGAGGGAGGUUUGUGGUGGUGGUUUGUUUUCCUUAUUUUUGGGUUGGCAAUAACUGAUUUUGAUUAGCUCUCUAAAGUACAAAGACUUCCUAAAAUGUGAUACAGGGCCAACAGCAACCCUGUGUCUGUAGAGUGCCUUCAAAACUCAGCUGUUCCAGCCGGUGCCAACCUGUGAAAGCUCCACAGAAUCCCAUUAUCUACUACUCCAGAAACUACUUAACAGCUUCCUUUCAGUAAUCACACUGAACAAGCCAGGACAAAAAGGCCUAUUGUUUAGUGGAAUUUAUUUCUUAUUUCCAUUUCAGCCUUUUAAAUGUCAUUUCCAUGUCUUGCAAAUUUGGACUGCAUUUAAUUCAAAUUUCCAGGCAUUUAGUUUUUUGGGACGAUUUCUUUUGUUAUGAUUCUCUGAUGUAGGAUGUACCUCCAGCCAGCAAAGAGCAAAAUCUUAAUGUUGUGAUGUACCAAGAAAAUUCUAACAACUGUAACUUUAAUUCCAGACAUGCGUUUAAUGUCUAUCCAUUUUAAGAAUUUUAAUACAAAUGUUUCUUUUUUUUAAAAAAAGAACAGCAAAACUGUGGUUUUUUAAUGUAUUGUAAGGAGAACUGACUUUAAUAUGCAAUCAUGGCAGGCGUAUGCUUUUUAAUCGUGAUAUUUGUCUAACCAAAAUAACAAUAUGUAAAGAAUGGGAGAAGGUAACCUAAAAUCAUGAGGCUUGGGAAUGUUUCUUUGUAUCUACUAGUAAUGUUGGAAACAGUUGAAUAAUUAUAUUUAGGCCCUGAUGCUACAAGAUGCACAUGGGCGGAAUCCUACACUUAUAUAAAUGCUUGUUGAAGUCAUUUGGGCUCUUUGCAGAACAGCUUGCAGGAUUAGGAUCUUAUUUUGUAAUUUUAAGAAUAACAUGGUUUAUUGGAGUCUAGGUGUUGAAGGUCAGCUGUUCGUAAACUUCUAUACU